UCGUAUAAACCACCAAACAAUUAACUGCGAGCUAACCAUUUCUACUUUCUAGAUUCUCCACAAAAAUCCUCAGAUCGUUCUGGAUAUGAGGAGGGUUAACGGAUUCGCCGCCAUUUGCCGCGCCGUUGAAGGCGUUGCUGUCGCUCCUUCAGCUUCGGGAAACUAUGCCCAUCAACACCACCGCCUCGUCCUGGCGGCACUUUUUGGCACGAGUAGCACCAACAACACGUCGCCGAGAUCUCAUUGGUUUCAGUACAACAGGAUCGCCGCUGAUCAAUCGGCUCGUGCAUCCGCGCGUGCUGUUGCUGGGACGAUGUUGUUCUCGGUUGCAGCCACCACGCUUGUGGAAGAGGUCCACGCCAAAGAGCCCGUGCAAUCUAAAUUCCGGCCGAAAGACGUGGUUCUUUAUCAGUACGAAGCUUGCCCUUUCUGCAACAAGGUCAAAGCAUUUCUGGACUACUAUGAUAUACCAUACAAAGUUGUGGAGGUAAACCCUAUCAGCAAAAAGGAAAUCAAGUGGUCUGAUUACAAGAAAGUGCCUAUAUUAAUGGUUGAUGGCCAGCAGAUGGUUGAUUCAUCAGAUAUAAUAGAUAAAUUAACCAACAAGAUUUCUCCUGAUUCAUCAACUGAUUCUGUCGGGGGAGAUGAAGAGAAGAAGUGGCGUGGAUGGGUGGACAACCACUUGGUGCACAUAUUGUCACCGAAUAUAUACCGGAGUACUACUGAAGCCCUCGAGUCAUUUGAAUACAUCACAAGUCAUGGUAACUUCAGCUUCACUGAGAGAAUAACAGCAAAAUAUGCUGGAGCUGCUGCAAUGUAUUUUGUUUCCAAGAAAUUGAAGAAAAAAUAUAACAUCACUGAUGAACGUGCAGCUUUAUAUGAAGCUGCAGAAACAUGGGUAGAUGCACUCAAGGGUCGAGAUUUUCUAGGUGGAACCAAACCCAACUUGGCUGACCUUGCCGUCUAUGGUGUUCUAAGACCCAUUCGUUAUCUCAAAUCUGGUAGAGACAUGGUAGAGAACACACGCAUCGGUGAUUGGUACUCGAGAAUGGAAAAUGCUGUGGGAGUAUCUUCCAGAAUUCAGGCAUAACGCAGUUUACUGGUAUCAGUUUGAUUGAAUUUCUUGACAGGAUGGAAUCUAAAAUUUCUUUACAUAUGAUAAUAAUGUGCCGUCCAGCCCCCCAAAUGCUAGUUAAGUGAGAUUUCAACUCUGGUAAAUCUUGGUAGGUAGAUUACAGAGCACAUAUACUAUAAUUUUUGUGAGCCUGCUGCUGUACACAAAAGGUCUCCUGAGACUGGAAUUUCAUCUUUUGCAAAACUGUGUUGCAUAUAACUUCUGGGGCCGUACCUCAAUUUAAGUCUUUAACCCCAAACGCCACUUUGAGAAUUUUGCUUUGUGACAUUAUUAGAUAUGUACAGAUAGACAACGUAUAUGGGAGAGUGUACAGCUGAAAAGUGGUUGAAGUAAUAGCCAUCUGAAAGCAGUACUGCCCGUGAAUCGGACUCGGACUCGACGAAAAUCUCGUAGUUAAUCAUAAAUUCUCUACACAAUUAAUGGAAACGGUUCACCAGACAGCUAA